GUCUUAUGUUAAAUCAACACCAAAGAAAAAAUAAUAGUCUAUAUAUAUUACUAGUAACAAUGAUUACAUUCGUAGGAUAUUUAUCUUUUCCAUAAAUCUGAUCAAUAUCAUAAUUAUAUAAGAUAUGAUGUUCCUUACGAUCUUCUUAAGCUCAAUUCUAUUACUAUUUGUUCUGCACUGCAAAAUAAAAUAUGGAAGAAUUGGAAGAAUACUUGACUGUCUUCCAGGACCAAAAGAAUAUCCCAUAAUUGGAAAUAUUCAUAAUCUAUACGAUGAAAAUUUCAUUCAAAAAGCUUGGGAACUAAAUAAUAAGUAUUUUCCAAUUUACAAAGUAUGGGUCUUUUCAUAUUAUGCAGUAAUUCUACUUCAUCCGAAUGAUAUUAAGGUUCUGAUGACGAGCACGGAAAAUAUUGAUAAAGAAUAUGUUUAUUACUUCUUGAGGCCUUGGUUAUCGUAUGGAUUGCUGACUAGUACAGGUAAGAAAUGGCAAAAAAGGCGGAAAAUGUUAACACCCGCAUUCCACUUUAAAAUUCUGGAACAUAGUGUUACGAUUUUCAACAAAGAAGCACACUGCCUAGUUGAAUCCCUUAAACAAGAAAGACAAGGAGACGCUAUUGCUAAAAAUUUACAAACAUUCAUUACGCAACAUACACUAAACAUAAUAUGUGAAACAGCUCUAGAUACCUCUUUAAAAGAAAGAAAAGAAAUUGAAUCUAAGUAUCGUGAUGCUGUUCACGCUUUCGGAAGAAUCGCGGCGUAUAGAUUCAUAAGACCUUGGUACUAUGUAAACUGUAUAUUUGGACUUUCUUCAGUUGGUCGACUUCACAAAAAAGUAUUGAACAUAUUACAUAGUUUUUCAAAAGACAUAAUUGCAGAAAGAAAACAAUUUCACGAAAAAACUAAUGGAAAGUAUUUAUACCAAUUUGAAGAAACGGAAAAUAUCGACACUUCCCUUCAAAACUUAGAAGAAACGAAUACAAAUUCAACACAAAAGAAAAGACUCUCUAUGCUUGAUCUACUCAUAGCCGCUUCUCUAAAUGGUAAUCAAAUUGAUGACGAAGGAAUUCGAGAGGAAGUAGAUACUUUUAUGUUUGAGGGUCACGACACAACGGCAAUGGCAUUGAUCUUUGCUUUGAGUCUCUUUGCAAAACACCAAGAUGUCCAGGUAUUCCUUCCAAUCCAAUAUGAUUAUUUAAUCCCGUCGGGAACAAUAUGCACUGUUCAAAUAUAUAGUGUACACAGAAAUCCAAGAUAUUGGCCAGAUCCUAAUGUUUUUGAUCCCGAUAGAUUUUUGCCAGAAAAUGUUAAAGGACAUUAUCCUUACUCAUAUAUUCCAUUCAGCGCAGGCCCAAGAAACUGUAUUGGUCAAAAAUAUGCAAUGUUAGAGCUUAAACUGAUAGUAGCACAUAUAGUGCGAAAUUUUUACUUGGAACCAAUCGAUAACAUUGAUGAUAUUGUAAUGGCAACAGAUAUAACCUUAAGCUCUUCUAAACCACUUCGAGUAAAAUUUAUUCCUGUUAAAUAAUUAUAAUUUUACAUUAUAUUUUCUAUAAAAUCAUGUAUUUAUAUAUUGGAACACAACUAUAGAUAAUCUUAUU